GGGGGGGAACACGUUAGCACCAGCAGGGCAGGAAGCAGGUGUGUGGGAGGGGAGAUGUGGCUGCUGCAGGGGAGGGGGCGGGGGGCAUCCUCUGCAUACCCCUCCCCUGCCCCCUCAGAUCCAAGGACUCACAGUCCCAGCCUCCCUGUGCCAGAUGCUGCCAACACACGGCAGGAGAAGCCAUGACAGCGGCGGGCACUGGCACCGGCUUUGGCACCACCACCUGGUGGGGAUUCUCCCCUGCACUGGAUCUGCAGAAAGAAUGUCUGGAGGCUUCCCUGGACCAUGUCUGCCAGUCAGAGGAGGGUCUGUCAGAGCUGAAUAUCCUGCUGGUAGGCUCUGUGGAUGGCCGGCAUGUCCUCAAGACCAUGUGCCAAGCUCACCGUUGGCCACAGAGGAAAAUCAAUUUCUACAUUGUGGAAAAUAACCCUGAAGUGCUGGCCCGGCAGCUGCUGUUCCUCAGCCUUGCCCUAGAGCCUCAGGAGAAGAUGGGGCUUCAAGAGAAGAGUGAGACGUUCCUAGAACUGCUGGGGAACAGCCUGAUGCGCAGCCCCACAGCCACCUACCUUCAGGAGAAGUCGGACAUCUUCAUCCGCUUGGCCACUGACCCAGACUUCCAGCAGUGCUACCUGCCAGUCCUGGACAUGGCAGGCCUGAAGUUCAAGGAGCGGGACCAGCUGGAGGGCAUCUUCCGCUUUUGGCUCCACCCGGAUCCCCAAGCCUUCCCAAUUGUGCGGCUCUGGGAUCUGCGGGUGAGGCAGUACCUGGGCACCCGCUAUGACACCCGCAACGGUGUGAGCGACUGGGACCUCAACAUGAAGCUGCAUGAGCAGGGGGCCAGUGUAAUCAAUAUCCGAGAAUAUGCAAGGUGGCGGGACACAGGUGUGGCUUUUGAGCUCCGUGAGGGCAUCUAUGACACUCCCAACAAGACUUUGGCUUCUGGGAGGCUCCUAAGACUGAACGGGGAUAGGGUGCCAGCCCGUGGGUACUGGGGUGACAUUGCCACAGGACCCUACAUCCUCUUCGGAAUUGAGACUGAGGAGCAGAGCCUGCUGAAGACCAUCAACGGGGUGCCCAGCAAGAGUGCCCAAGAGAUCUCGCUGCACAAUGUCACAGCCAUGUUCCAUGAGCUGGCAGCCCGGGCCCGAUACAUCCCCCCAGGACCUGACCCAGAGGGGGACAGUGUGGCCACCCCAGUCCCAGGGGAUGCUUCCCAGCCCCAGGAGCAGAGCCAGCUGGUUCACGGACCCAUCUCCCCCGGGGAUGUCCAGAUCCACUUUCUGCCUCUCAACAGCACCCCCCAGCUGCACUGCAAGAACCAGUACCAGCGGCUCUUCAACCUCCUCUAUUUCUCCUGCAGCAUGAUCCAUGACCUGACACCAGAGCUGCAGCUAGUGUCUGCCCCCAGCGCCACCCUCAUUGUGGAGCUGACCACCUUCCUGCCCGACCUCCAUAAGGACCAGGCCAACGCCUUCACCUCCCGGGCCACAGCCCUGGCAGCAGGGGCUGGCUUCCAGCCCCAUGGUGUGCCAAGUGGGCAGCAUCCAGCGUGGAUGUGCUUCCAGCUGCAGGAAGGGGCCUGAGGGCAGAGCCACACCUUGGAGACCAGCUCCCUGGGGAUAUAGGGUGGGGAGAGAGACCCCCCCACGCAUCGUUAACCUGCUGGGGUCCUAGAUUGGGCAUCUGAGCUUCUCCCAGCCUCACUCUUUAACCAUUUGGUGCCCACUUUGUUGGGGGCCAGGACUCUUCUCUGCCCAGCAUUAUUAACCCUUCCAUUCCCUCCCCUGCCCUGUGUCCUUCCAGGCCAGCAGCC